UUAACAAGCAUGGCAUCAAACAUGCGAAGUUUCGAGGGGUCAAAUUUCUUUCGCCAGAGGUUGAUUUUAGCAACUUUGAGCGGUAAAGCUGUUAAAAUAAAAAAGAUACGGUCCAAAGAUGACGACCCAGGCAUCAGAGAUUUUGAAGCUAGUUUUAUAAGGCUUCUUGACAAGCUGACCAAUGGAUCAAGAAUAGAAGUGAAUGAAACAGGCACCUCCAUGUUCUACCAGCCUGGACUGCUGCCAGGAGGGUCAAUAGAACAUGACUGCAGUUUGCAGAGGGCCAUAGGGUAUUACCUGGAGGCUUUAGUAUGCUUGGCACCAUUUUCCAAGACGCCAAUCCAUGCCGUCUUGAGGGGAAUAACCAAUGAUCAAAUUGAUCCAUCAGUGGACCAAAUAAAGUUAUCUACCUUUCCUAUACUGAAGAAGUUUCUUGGCACAGAUGAAGGGUUGGAACUAAAGAUAAUCAAACGUGGGGCAGCCCCUGAAGGAGGAGGGGAGGUUAUCUUUAAGUGUCCCACCAGACAGAAACUACGCCCAGUUCAGUUCACAGAUCCAGGCAAAGUGAAGAGAAUACGGGGUGUGGCCUGGGCAACACGUGUGUCUCCUGCAGUUACAAACAGAAUGGUGGAUUCUGUAAGAAGUGUUUUAAACCAGUGUUUAGCUGAUAUAUACAUAUACACCGAUCAUCAAAAAGGAAGUCAAUCUGGAAAGUCUCCAGGCUUUGGUUUAACACUUGUUGCAGAGACAACUAAUGGUGCUUUCCUAACAGCUGAGCUUGCUUCCAAUGUCAAAGGCUCUGAGGCAGGGCCUACAGUUCCUGAGGAUUUGGGAAAAGACGCUGCCAAACACUUAUUGAAGGAAAUACACAGGGGUGGCUGUGUAGAUUCUUCCAGUCAGAGUUUAGCAGUGUUAUUAAUGUGUCUUGGACAGCAAGAUGUCUCCAAAAUACUGACCGGACCUCUAACACCAUACACAAUCCAGUUUUUAAGGCACAUAAAAGACUUUUUUGGAGUUACUUUUAAGAUAGAAACAAAAUCGAACAAAGGAACUGAUGACAAUGAGGAAGACCUUAACACUGGAGGGGACAAACUUGUCCUGACUUGUGUUGGUGUUGGCUAUACAAACCUCAGCAAAGUCAUUCUCUGACCUCAGCGCCAUUCAAUCAAUUUUCACUAUCUGAUUUGGCCAGAGCAGAUAUGUGCCCCCAGCCAUAAUGCAGUAUUCCAAAUCUACAGGGGCAGUUUGACAUUUAACUGGGAGGCUCAACGGGGCAUAUUUCUCCUCUUUAAAUUAUGGCUUUUUCAUAAUGAAGACAAAGCAUUCCCCCAACUCCUACAAGAGUUUUCCUUGUUUCCAAAGCACGGUCUUUGUUUCAGCUAAUAAGUAUAUUAUUCAGGUAAAUUAUUGGCUUUUUUUUAAAGUGGAAAGCUGUAUAUUUCAUUUGAUGUCUCCCAAAUGUACCCCUUGACAACAUAAUUUGCCACAUGGUAUGAGCCCUGGGGAUGAAUGCUACCGGCCUUUACAGAGGAAGCUUGCCUGUGUCAAAUCCAUUUUUGUUGUUGUGUUAAAUUAAUUUGAAAAGAAGUUAUUGUAAGUUUA